AUGACCAAAAAGAGGAGGAACAAUGGAUGCGCCAAGGAGGGCCACGGCCACGUGCAGCCCAUCUGUUGCACCAACUGUGCCCGCUGCGGGCCGAAGAAAUUUGUAAUCCGCAACAUUGUGGAAGCUGCGGCCGUCAGGGUCAUCUCCGAGGCCAGCGUCUUCGACUCCUAUGUGCUGCCCAAACUGUACGUGAAACUACAUUACUGUGUGAGCUGCGCAAUCCACAGCAAGAUAGUGAGGAAUCGCUCCCGUGAGGCUCGGAAGGAUUGGACGCCUCCGUCCUGA